AACGGCAUAAUUGAAAGUAUUUUCACACGGAAAUAAAGGUACAGAAAAACAACCAACUAGCAAUGCGAGUUUCCAUGAAGAGCAAAAACACCUUCACACACUGAGAUCAUGGCUGCUAAAUCUCCUCAGGGAGGUUCGUCUGUACAGUCAGAGCUCAGAAUUGUGAUUCUAGGAAAUGCGGGAGACGAUAAGAAUAAAGUGGUAAAAUCUAUCCUGAACCGCAAGAAUCUGACAGGAGUGAAAGUUGGUCAGUGUACGUUACAUCAGCGAGAUCCAGCGGGACGGAGGAUCAGUGUUGUUGAAGCUCCAGGAUGGGACAGAACUUCAAAACAACAAUCACCAGAGAACAUAAAAGAAGAAGUUGAGAGAAGCGUGUCUCUUUGUCCUCCAGGACCUCACGCUCUUCUUCUGGUCAUAGGGGUGGAAACUCUCUCUGAAGAACCUUCUACUAAUGAAAUUACAGCAGCACAAACUCACAUGGAGUUGUUGUCAGAGUGCGUCUGGAAACACACGAUCCUGCUGUUCGCUUGUGAUGAAGGAGUGGAGGACACACAAAUCAAAAAGUACAUUUGCAGCGCAGAGAAAAUCCUGGACAAGUGUGGAGGACAAUACUAUGUUCUUCAGAAAAGCGCUCAGAACCAUGAACUUUUAAAGAAGAUAGAUGACCUGGUGGAGGAGAACGGUGGUGAUUUCUUCACACCACAAGCUGAACUGAUUAAACUCAAGACACAAGAAGCCUCUGGUGAGAGUGAACUCAGACAGAGACGUGGAAGUAUUGCAGAUCCUCCUGACUUGAAUAAAGACAAAGGAGAUUCUGUGGAGAAGAAAGAAACCACAGAGGCUGACAAAUCUGUGGAAGACAUAUCGAAAAUUUGCAUGGAAUUCAAAAAGAUAGGACUGAUUAUUGUACUGAUAUUGAUGGGAAUAGUUGGAGCUCUUAUUGGUGCAGUUGCUGGAGCUGAAUAUGGAGUUUUAGGGUCUUGCAUUGGAUUAGUCUUGGGUAUCAUUGUAGGGAUUAUACUUGCGAGUAUCACCAAGUGCAUGUACACUCACAUUUAUUCACGCUCUUUAAAGAAACCAACAGAUAGCAGUGUGAAUUCAGGUUGAUACACAUUUUGGCAUUGAGAUGCCUGGGAAAAAUGUCCCAAUUAACAUGAAUUCAUCCCUACAUUAUAAACAUCUGAAUAAAGAGCUUAUAAUAUAUAUGUCUUUAUAUAUAUAUAUAUAUAUAUAUACACUCACACAUACAUAAAUACAUUUACUACACUAAUUUACACUCUUGAAUGAAACACUGCAUAGGUCAGUAGGGUGAAUGCAAAGUGGGAUUUGUAAUUUCUUAGGAUUUAUAUUUUAAUGUUCUUGCAUUACUAAAUACCAGCAUUCAUCAACACAUUUAGACAGCUUUAAAUGCUUUAUAGCAAAGAUGUGCAUCUGAGGAAGCUAAGAAGCAGGUGUUUGCUAGAUUUUGUACUGGUGUUGAUGAAUUUUCCUGAGCAAUUGUUUUAACACAUCAGCAUGUUUAAAUGUGUUUCUCAUGUCAUGUGCCUUUAAAUGACUGUACAAGCACAAUGUAAAUACCAUGUAAAUAAAAUUUAUUUGGAUUCAAAUA